AUGUUUGAAGGCUCUGAGUACUUAGCAGGUCUGGAGAGAUCACUCAAGUCAAUUGAGGACAAGAGCAAUGGUCUCCGAAACCAAGGCCGGAACACGCAUAUAGCAACUUCUCAGCAGCACUCCUUAAGAAACGCAAUGGAAAUCGAAAGACGACACAAAGCUAACAAUGUCAACACAGCUGAGUUGGGAGAAGUACAACAAAAGAAUGUGCAUCUCCAGGUAGAGAAUGCAAAUCUGCGCUCCAGAUCUCGAAGCCCAAACAACCUUUUUCUGGCUCAGCAGCACGUUGGUAUACAAAGGACAUACCUUGAGGAGCAGGAGUUGCGAUAUCUCCUCAACAUCAGUGACAAAGACGUUGACAUGUCGUUCAUUGCUAAAAGAAAGUCGCAUCUCUUGUAUGGAGAGCUAUCUCGUGCUGAACAAUUAAUUAACGAUGCCAAAUUUCGCACUUGGAUGACAUCACCUGAAUCAACCAAACUCCUGAUCUUAUGGAACCAACGCCCCCCUAAAUCCCAUGCGGGCAUCUCUCCUAUAUCUACACUCUGUGCCUCGCUGGCGCCUAUGUUUUACGAUCACGACCGAUUUGUUUGUUGCAUAUGGUUCUGUGGCCUUCAUGACAAAUCAGGAAAUGAUGAUACUAGGGCUAUGCUCGCUAGCUUGAUCGAUCAAAUAUGCCAACAGUACUUGUUCGACUUUGACAACUUGGAAGUCGAUGGGGUCAAUAAAGAACUUUUGGAAAACCGUGACCCAGAAGAGCUUUACAACUUGCUAUACACGCUUAUAAAGACAUUGCCAGCGGAUAUCACUCUUAUGCUUCUUAUUGAUGAGGCCUAUAUCUACGAGCGCGAGAAGUUUGAGGACGGGCUAUCCAUCUUUGACGAACUAGUGAAGUUAGUAGAGGAUGAAAGCCUCUCCACCACCGUUAAAUUGCUUUUCGCGAGUACAGGAAGAGUUGGAUAUCUGGGAGAGGUAUUUCAACAGGGGGGCCAGGUUCUCAAUGUCGAGACAGCAGCGCAUCAGGGAGGGGCGCCCUCAGAAAAACGCAUGACGAGACAGAUGAUGCGGAAUUUUGAGGAUUAG